GACCCCCUCAGUACGCUGGCAGCCGUCGACGGGGACGCACGCACCUCCUUCUCCUCCUCCGUGUGUGAGUGUACCGCUCUACCGUAAACUGCCUUGUAAACACCAAGUCUUGGGGAUCCCCCGUGAGUGUCUAGUUUACUCCACAAGUUUACACCGGAACAGUUUACCCAAAACCACCCGACCAGAGAGGAAUGGAAUACACUGUUGCCAACGACAGAGAAAAUAGUGGUGAGGCGCGUGUGAUCGGUGAGUUGAUCACUGGGCGUGACGGCGUCAACUACGCUCUUGGUGGAGAGUCCUGGAAAUGUGCCUUCGCUCCGGACGAGUCUCGUUUUGCCUGGUCUUGCGGGUUUAGGAAGGUCAUCAUCCUCCCAUGGAAUAGAUACAAGAAUUGCCUGUGGGGACAGAACAGACAACAAUCUGAGCAGAAUGCAGAUAAAGAAGGCUAUGAAGUGUUUGCUGAGAAAGUGAGCAUCGAUGCCGGAUUCCCAGUUACUAGUUUAGCCUUUGGCACUGGCACUCCCGAACAGGAUUUGGUUCCUGUGAAGAGAGAGUACUGGACACGAUUUGACUUCUCAAAGGAUCUGAUCCUUGCAACAGGUCACAACAAUGGCCGGAUCAGAAUCUGGGACCCAUACACAGGAAAGUUACUAUUGGAGCUGACAGACCACAUGAAACCUGUGACGGACCUUGCCUUUGCUCCAGAUGGCUCCCUUAGGCUGGUCUCGGCCUCCAAGGAUUGGACCAUUAAGGUGUGGGACAUGUCUGAUGACGGCAACAUGUUUAAGACCCUGAGGGAGCACCCAGGACCCAUUAGAAGCCUGUGUUGGUCUCCUGAUGGGAAGUACCUGUGUUCCACUGGAGACAAGCAAAAGGUGCUUCUGUGGGACAUGGACACAUACAGUUUACAACGGAGAUUUUCUGGCCAUUACAAUAAUGUGCUCUCCUGUGCCUUUUCCCCUGAUGGUGCUAUGCUGGCAACGGCUUCCUGCGACACUAGAGUUAUCGUGUGGGACACAAGCAGUGGUGAACAGUUAAGAAUCCUUAACCACAUGAAUCCUCCCCCUGGCGUGAUCUACAUGUCGGGGGAGAACAACUCCGUUGUCCGGGGAGUAACCUUCUCUCCAAAUGGCUGCCAUGUAGCCACCAUAUGCAGUGACGGGUUUGUACGCUUCUGGAACCUGAUGUGUGAAGAGGAUGAGCCAGAGAGCAUGGGGUCUGCGUUGGCGGGUGACUCUAUGCUUAAUUGUUCCUUCUCCCCAGUUGGUGGAGCAGUCUCUGUUGGGCAUGCAUCUGGAAGCGUGGUGUUCUUCCUCGCCCCAACAAUGGUUCCCUCACUGCUUCACUUGUCUCGCAUGUGCGUGCGACGCUCUUUGGGAGACAUUACAGCUAGGGACGAUGUCCUCUUACCUCACACCCUCAAGCCCUACCUUCAGUACAAGCAGUGGUGAUUAAGUUGUCUCUUGGUGCUUAUUGUUUACACUCGAAUACAGUGGUGACAAUGGCACAUGAUUCGUAAUUCCUAAUUUAUUGAAAAUUUAUGAGCGGUCCAUUUUUUAUGACAGGGUUCCUAGACUGAAUGAUUUGACUGUUCUUUAUAAUCAGAUCAUAUGUUAGUCUUCAUUGUCCAUAAACCACUUUAGUGGAAGAGUUUUAUUAUCUCUAGAUUAUUUUCAUAAUGCAAUUUGUUUUGCAGAAACAUAUAAAAUGAUAGUUUAUCACAUUACUUCAGUGUUUAUACUUUUGUCCAUCUCCUCUUGUCAUGUGUGUACAUAAUAGAGCAGCCCUAAUAUGACACUUUUAGAGACGCAAAGUGGUGACUGCGUCACUGGCACAAACAUGCAGAAUUCUUUAGCAAAUGUUUUGAGGGUUGCUGUUGGAUAUUCCAGCAAUAUAUGGUAGAGAGGCAGUUGAUAAAGGAAAUGUUUCAGAAGACUUCUGCAUUCACUCAUUCAUUUACAGUAGAGGGAAGGGUCACAUUAGUCACUUGCUCAUUUUCCAAUGGUUCAUUUAAGGCAGAUCCAUAUCAGGAUGUCAAUUCCUAUUUUCUAUUCACUUGCAUAAAGAAAUUCUACAUGUAACCAAAUAAUUUGUAUUUUAUGGAUCUUUAUUUUCAAAGUACAUUUAAACUUCCAUGAAUUUUUAAAUAAAAUAAAGUUCAGUUUUUACUAUUAAAAAGAUUGUAAUCCUGUCUUUGCUGUUAUAAAUGUAGAAAUACACCCUCCUGAACUACAUUUACCUAAAGUGACUUAUGGCUCGUAAUAAACAGGUGCAAUUUAAGGUACCUUUUUAAAUGUAUUUAACGCAUUUUGAAACUAUAGGAGCUGUCCAGAGCUUUACACGUACAUACACGGUAAUAUUUUUUGUGAAGAGGUCCUACGGAGCUUAGACCUUUGUCAUGCACUGACACUUUGAUUCAUCUUUCAGUUAAGUUUGAAGUACUUGCUCACAUUCCUUAAAGGAGGAAAUUGUUAUUUGUUUUGUUUAGUGAUAAGUUUAUCAUGUGCUCGCCAAACACACGACGUUGCUACGACGUUCGAACGAGUUUAACACCUAACAAUUGUAACAACCAAUAUAGCAAGUUGUAACAACGUUCUGAUACGUCAUAAAAACGUUGUAAUAAAGUUGUUACAUCUUGUUAUAAGUUGUAACAAGAGACUCAGAGGGACCGUUAUGUUGUGUGUUUGCAGGGUGUACUGUGUGCUGGUGGUCUGAGCCUUGUCACUUGGGGUUAAGGCUAUGAUAUUUUUUGCUCUAAUUUUUGUGCAUAAGCCUAAUAAGUGAAAGCUUAAGCAAAAAAUAAAGCUUAGGCUAAAUAGUUAUCAGGCACUGCUGAUAUCCAUUAAAUGCAAACAUCACAAUCAGAUUUUCUUGGUUCUUGAAAAUGUGACUCAUGUGCAUUAACAAAUACUGCAUAAAGCAAUUUUAGCUUGCAGGUGGCAAGGGCAAGGCCCAGCAUGUCGUGCACAGUGAUCAAUAAAUGUAGAUAUUUUGUUAUAGGUUUUUAAACUUCCAUUAUUAUUUUAGUUAAUUAAAACUAACUUAUUUGGAGGCAAGCUAUUGUCAUUCGCUUAAAUAUACUAGUUACGAAUGCUCAUGUAAAACACAUGGCAUUAAUGAUGAGAUAGUCUGUUAUGUGUGUUCAUGUAAGACAUAUGGCAGUAAUGAUUAUACCAUCUAUUGUGCGCACAUGUUCAUGGAAGACAUACAUCAGUAAUGACAAUCCUGUCUGUUGUGUGCACAUGUUCAUGAUCUCUGUUAAUGCUUGAAAGUUCUAUUAUCUGAAAUUGCAUCGGCAACGUAGAACUGGGAGAAAUACUAUGAGUAUCUACAUUCAGCAACCAACUGAGGUUUGGUCAAUAUACAACAAGUUUUGAGGUAAUUUAAACAAAAUAUAUGCAAAAUAAAUAAAUAAAUAUAUAUAUAUAUAUAUAUAUAUAUAUAUAUAUAUAUAUAUAUAUAUAUAUAUAUAUAUAUAUAUAUAAUAAUUAUUCCAUUUUAACACUAGGAUAUACAUUGGAUAGAAAUGCCAUUUUUAAGAUAAUUGUGAAUAUUAGCUAGGAUUUUUUUGCCAUAUGUUGUAUGAUAAUAAUUAUGACUUUUGUACAGCAAAACAAUUUUGGUAAUAAAUUCCAUCUUUACAA